GAAGAGCUGGCAGCCAACAGCUGAGGACUGCUGGCUUAUAAGGAUCACCUGGAGGACCGGACCCCAUCGAGGGGAGGAGGAGGAGGUGGGGGAGGAGCAGAGGUUUGAACAAAAUCCAGCUGCCUAAGGGCUGACUGGAGCAGGAGCCGAGGCUGCCUUUGUUGUCCUACUCCAGGGAAGGCAGGCUUUCUUCCUUCCAAAUGGGCUCUUCCUUUUACCAAGUUCUCCUAUUGGUUGGCUUCACUGCUCCAACUUUCUGCAUGUUCUCAUCCAAUCGAAAUCCCAGCAGCAGAGAGUCCCCCCCACCUCCCUCCAUGAAGAGCAACCCGGCCUCCAAGGUGACUCCAAGCAACACCAUGUUCGCCUUCUCCCUGUACCAGAGGCUGGCUCAGGAAAGCCCAGGUCAAAAUGUUCUCUUUUCUCCGGUGAGUAUCUCGACUUCCCUGGCCAUGCUGUCCCUGGGGGCCCGCUCAGCCACCAAGAUGCAAAUCCUCCGGAGCCUUGGCUUUGAUCUCAUGACCACACCAGAGCCCACCAUCCACCUGGGCUUCGAGCAUCUGGUCCACUCCCUGAAUGUGUGCCACAAAGCCCGGGACUUGAGGAUGGGCAGCGUCCUCUUUAUCAGGGAGGAGCUGCAGCUGCAGGCCAGUUUUCUGGACCGGGUCAAGAAGCUAUAUGGGGCAAAAGUCUUUCCUGAAGACUUCUCAAACACAGCCACCGCCCAGGCACGGAUCAACAGCUAUGUGCAGAAGGAGACCAAAGGCAAGGUGGUGGAUGUAAUCCAAGAGCUUGGCUCUCAGACCGCCAUGGUCCUGGUGAACCACAUCUUUUUUAAAGCCAACUGGACACAGCCCUUUAGUGCUGCAAAUACCAUCAAGAGCUUCCCAUUCCUUCUGAGCGGGGGCACCACUGUGCACGUUCCCAUGAUGCAGCAGACAGAGCUGUUUGCUUUUGGAGUGGACAGAGAGCUGGGCUGCUCUGUGCUGCAGAUGGACUACAGGGGAGAUGCCGUGGCCUUCUUUGUCCUCCCUGACAAGGGCCAGAUGUGGCAGCUGGAGAAGAGUCUGUCAGCCAGGAGGCUGAGAAAGUGGAGCCGCUCACUCCAGAAAAGGUGGAUCAAGGUUUUCAUCCCCAAAUUUUCUAUUUCUGCUUCCUACAACCUGGAAACUAUCCUCCCCAAAAUGGGGAUCCGAGAUGCCUUUGACGGAAAUGCUGACUUCUCCGGGAUCACAAAGACACAUAUCCUGCAGGUUUCUAAAGUUGCUCACAAGGCUGUGCUGGACGUCAGUGAGGAGGGGACAGAAGCUGCGGCAGCCACCUCCACCAAGCUUAUAGUCCGCUCAAGAGAUAGCCCCUCCUCUGUCAUCUCCUUCAACCAACCCUUCCUGAUACUACUCUUGGAUAAAAGUACAGAGUCUAUUCUCUUUCUAGGGAAAGUGGAAAAUCCCACCAAGAUGUAGGUGGGGAAUGAACUGUUGGCUGGUCCCAUAAUGAUGAUGCUCAAGAAAUAAGGCAUGUAUUGGAUGGUACUUACAGGGUGAUGUCAAGACUUGCUUCCUUGCUUGUGACCCACCUGACUCCAACAGGGGUACAUUUGCCUCAGGGAGGGCACUCUGGAGGCUCAAUUGUCAAAGUGGCAACAGAGCUCGGUCACCCCAACAGUGGUCCCUGUCACCUGUUCUGGGAGUGGGGCAGGCCAGGCAGGGCUUCAUCCCUCAGGACUCUUGGGGAUGGUGUCACACAAAGCUCAGUGCCCCUGCUUUUAUCUCUGGCUUUCAGCACUGCAUUCAAUAAACCUGAGAUG